GAGUGCUAUACACUCUUCAACUCCAUACCAUUACUCUCCAAAAUUAAGGUUCAACUGUCUCCAAACAACCUUUCAUUUCCAAUGGCCAUCACUGAAACAAAGCUCAACAUCCCUAACACCAGAAAUGAGGAAGCAAAUAUUGAAGAUAUCAACUACUCCCAAAGAGCACAAUGGCUAAGAGCUGCAGUCCUGGGAGCUAAUGAUGGGCUUGUUUCCACUGCUUCUCUUAUGAUUGGUAUUGGGGCUGUAAAAGAUGAUGCCAGGGCUAUGGUCUUAUCUGGUUUUGCUGCUUUGGUGGCUGGGGCAUGCAGCAUGGCCAUUGGGGAGUUUGUGUCUGUGUACUCCCAGCUUGACAUUGAGGUGGCCCAGCUGAAGAGGGAGCAAAGAAUUAACGAAAAAGAGGGGGGUAAGGUUCUGGAUGCAACAACUCAGGAAGGAUUGCCAAACCCAGCACAAGCAGCAAUUGCAUCUGCCCUGGCAUUCUCAAUGGGAGCCGCAAUACCCCUCCUCGCAGCAGGGUUUAUAAGGGGAUAUAAGGUGAGACUUAUGGUGGUUUCCAUAGCAGCGAGCCUAGCCUUGGCAGUUUUUGGGUGGAUUGGGGCAGUGCUAGGCCGUGCACCACUAGUGAAAUCAGUGUUGAGAGUAUUAUUGGGCGGUUGGGUAGCUAUGGCAGUGACCUUUGGGAUCAUGAAACUAUUCAGGUCUAGUGGCCUUUAGGGUCCUGCCUUGGCUAAGCUUUGUAUCCGCCCCAUAACAAUUCGCAUAUACCUAUAGCCAUGCUUCCAAGAAACUGCUUUUCUAUGUAUGCCUAAGGUUUGCAAUAUUGAUACUACAGUAAGGUGGUUGAUAGUAGAGUUCUUCCUGA